CCCAGCUGGAGCACUUGGACCACUGCGACGCUGAACAAUUCGUGCUUUUGAUUCUAUUUUAUCCCGGGUGUCCCGAUUUUGAUGUGUGAUGACUUGAUUGCGGAUCAACUAAUGAACGUGUUGCCGCCCGGAGAACAUAUGCCAGAGCAAGAAGCUGGCGUGGAUUACUUCAUCCUGUCCUAGGAUCACAUCAGUAUUUUACUUCUGCCCUGGAUGACAACAACGACAAUGUAUGGAAUAAACCAGCGCUGCAUUUAUAUAUCAUUUCACUUUUUCGUGUUGUGGUGCCAAGCUCAGGGGGAGAAUCACCCUCCUAAUUUUAACCAGUAUGUGAGGACGCAGGGCGCGGUGACGGACCAGCUCAGCCGCAGACAGGUCAGGGUCUACCAGCUCUACAGUCGCACCAGCGGGAAGCACGUCCAGAUUCAGGGCAAGCGGGUCUCCGCCACCGCCGAGGACGGCAACACCUUCGCCCGUCUGUAUGUAGAAACGGACACGUUCGGCAGCAGAGUUCGGAUCCGAGGAGCAGAAAGCGGUCGCUAUCUCUGCAUGAACAGAAAGGGGAAACUAGUGGGAAAGCCCAACGGCCGGGGCAUGGACUGUAUCUUCACCGAGGUCGUCCUGGAGAACAACUACACAGCCUUCCAGAACGCCCGCUACGACGGUUGCUUCGUGGGCUUCACCCGCAAGGGCCGGCCACUGAGGGCCUCCCGGACCCGGCAGAACCAGCGCGAGGUCCACUUCAUCAAGAGGCUCCACAAGGGCCCCCCGCCCUUCCCCAACACGGAUCACAGUAAACACUUUGAGUUCAUCCGCUUCCCGCCCAUACGGCGAGCCAAGCGGAACCGCAAGUCCCCCCCCACGUCCAUUCCCCCGACUUCCUCCUCCUCAUGAGCCCGCCCCAGCGAUGACCACGGUGGAUGUGGUGUCUUUGCUUGUGGUGGUGAUGACUCGGACUGAUGAUGACAUCGCCGGGACAGGAGACGAUGUGAAUUUAUUUUUGUAUAUUAUUAUUCAGAGAGAGUGAGAUAGAGAGAGCGAGAUAGAGUGAGAGAAACAAAGACACUGCCGAGGUCAGUGAGGCGAUGUGUUGCAUUGACAAUCGUGUGUAAAUAUGGAAGAGAGAGGAAGAUGGAUGAUAUUUAAUAGACCUGUGUGUGUGUGUGUGUGUGUGUGUGUGUGUGUGUGUGUGUGCGUGUAUGUGUGUGUGCGUAUGUGUGCGUGUGUAUGCGUGUGUGUGCGUGUGUAUGCGUGUGUGUAUUUGUGUGUGAGUGUGUACGUGUGUGUUUUUACACUCACUGGCAGUAGUGCCAGUAACGUAUAUGAGAUGAGAGGCCAUGGGGGUGAGGGUGUUAAUAAACACAGACUGACCACAAACCUGCAGACAAAUGAAACACUGUGACCCUUCAGAUCACAGCUUUGUACAGUGGGGCCAAAAUAGAUUUCCAAAUUAAGAGCCCUCUCCCCUUUUUAUAAGGACAACACAAGCUGCCUAGACACGCCAGAAUGGCAACAAUGACACAACAUCCCACAACACACGAUACAGACAACAUCAAACCAAACAACAAACAAACAAACAAACAAACAGAAAUCACCCAAAAUGCAUCAUAAUGUAAAGGCAUUCAAAUCUUAUAUAAAUAGUGCAAUACAUUGUAUAUUUGGUCCGUUAUGAAACAAAAAUAACAUAUUUAAUUUACCACAUCACAUCACAAAAACACAGAUCAUACAGCAAACCACCAUAUCAUACUGCCAUACAACAGCCACAUACAUUUUAUAAGAGCCCAGCCUGCAGGUCCUGCGGCGUGACCCCUGCUGGGACAACACGCAGCUCCCCGCCUUCCACUCCAUAGCCUACCUCCUGAUUAAAAGAGUAGCGACGGACGGAAGGAGCUCCGAUGCACUUGGACCAGAUAAAACUCACCAGUGAUAUUAGCGCCAUUAAGGCCUAAUGGGUGUUGAUAAGAAACCCCGAUUGGCUGGCCAGGAGAUCACAAGAGUUCGUUUGGUUUCCACGGGUAAAGAAAUGUAUUGACAUCUAUUUCAGGACUGAUGCGAGAUGCCUCUUGAAGGAACAAUUUGCGGGACGUCAUAGUUGACUGAGUGUCGCGCGGGGUUGGCAUUCAUGCCCUCAUCAUCGCUAAUCCUCUCCCGUCAUCGUUUGUCUCAUCUGCUGAUGUAUCGAGGAUGUAUCCCGCUGUGGUUCAUUAAAAGUACUCAAACAUUGUCUUAAGUUGUGACCCUGUUCUAAUGCAUGUUUGUGCAAGUAAACAACACAAUAUUUCUAAUAAUAACCUGCAGUAAUAUAGGAUACGAUAUGGUUGCAUGAUCGAAGUUACGGAUUUAGAGUUAUGUGUAUAAUUCUCCCAUUCGGGUCAAAAAAAUCACCAAGUGAUGAGGGAGGAAAAGUCAUCCUAGUUGAGAAAUAAGAACUCAAAUAUAUCAGUUAAACAGCUAUGUCAAAUAAGACAACAUAAAGGCAUAAAUUAGACGUCAAAUAAUCCAGAAAAUACCUCAGAUAUCCUACCGGUAGAUGUGGUUCUGUAUGUGUUGCUGGCGGUUGGUUUUCACCUCUCUGGUGACCUCUAGAGGCAUGUCUCUGAAAUGAUCUCAGAAAUCCUACCGGUUGAUGCGGUUUAGCAUGUGUUGCUAGCGGUAGGUUUGCAUCACUCUGGCGCCCUCUAGAGGCAUGUCUCCGAAAUCACGCCCGGUCAGGUGGUCAGUCAGCUGAUUCCCCACAACCAGGAAGCUGAUUGCACUUUUUUCAGUGUUUGGAAAGAAAAGCCACCAGGUUAUCGUAAACAUCAACAAAAACUAGACACCCUGCGCUGGUAUAUCCAUUCGUUUUUAUGUUUUAAUAAAUACGAACGAGUAUUAACACACAUUUAACAUGUUUGGUGGCGCCGACGAAG